AGUCUAGGGAAAGCACCAAAAAUCCUAGCCAUGAAGACCACACUCUCACUCUUGUUCCUGUUCCUCUCCUCCCUAGUCCAAGGUCUCACCUACCCCAAAUGUGAUUCCCAUGAUCAUGGCUCAACCCUGCAAGUGUUCCAUGUGUUUAGCCCAUGUUCCCCAUUCAGGCCACCAAAGCCACUCUCAUGGGAAGAGAGUGUACUCCAAAUGCAGGCCAAGGACAUAACAAGGGUUCAGUUCCUUGUCAGCUUGGUGGCUGGAAGGUCCAUUGUGCCCAUUGCCUCAGGGAGACAGAUCAUACAGAGCCCAACAUACAUUGUGAGGGCCAAAAUUGGAAAUCCACCUCAAACAUUGCUCAUGGCCAUGGACACUAGCAAUGAUGCUGCUUGGGUUCCUUGCUCUGGUUGUGAUGGUUGCUCUUCUGCCUUGUUUGCUCCUGAAAAGUCCACCACUUUCAAGAGUGUGGGAUGUGCUGCUGCUGAGUGUAAACAGGUACCAAACCCCAGUUGCGGUGUCAGCGCGUGCAACUUCAACUUCACCUAUGGUAGCUCCAGCAUAGCAGCUAACUUAGCCCAAGACACAGUUACCUUAGCAACUGACCCUGUUCCUAGCUACACCUUUGGGUGCGUUGCAAAAACAACUGGGUCCUCUAACCCACCACAGGGUCUGUUGGGCCUGGGCCGAGGCCCAUUAUCACUGUUAUCCCAGACCCAAAAUUUGUACAAGUCCACAUUCUCUUACUGCUUGCCCAGCUUCAAAUCACUUAACUUCUCUGGGUCAUUGAGACUUGGGCCGGUGGCUCAGCCCUUGAGGAUCAAGUUCACCCCUCUCCUCAAGAAUCCUAGAAGACCAUCACUCUACUAUGUCAAUUUGGUUGCCAUUAGGGUUGGCCGGAAAAUCGUUGAUAUCCCUCCCGCAGCACUCGCGUUCAACCCGACCACCGGAGCUGGCACCAUCUUUGAUUCCGGUACGGUGUACACCCGACUUGCUGCACCGGCUUAUGUGGCGGUUAGAGAUGAGUUCCGGCGAAGAGUUGGAGGAAAGGCAAACCUCACAGUGACAACCCUAGGAGGGUUUGACACUUGCUACACAGUCCCAAUAGUUGCACCUACAAUAACAUUGAUUUUCUCAGGCAUGAAUGUGACACUGCCACAAGACAACCUCCUCAUACAUAGCACUGCCGGCAGCACCACUUGCCUGGCCAUGGCGGGGGCACCAGAUAACGUGAACUCAGUGCUGAACGUGAUAGCCAACAUGCAGCAACAAAACCACCGCGUGCUCUACGACGUGCCCAACUCCAGGCUUGGCGUUGCUCGUGAGCUUUGCACUUAAUCAGUGAUUCUUCUUCCUCAAUUGGUCACAACAACAUUAAUAAUCUUGUCAAAGUGGAAUUAGAAACAAUUAAUAUUGUUUCAUCUCCUUUUGCCGGGUUGGGUUUUAUUGCUAACUACAUAGAAGAUUUUGAGCUACUAUAUCUUUGUCUUUCGGAAAUUCAGUUGUAUUUGUAGCCUUAUAGUGGUUUGUGUGAUCGAGUCACGGGUUUAUAUACCUGUAGUUCUUAUGUCUUUAAUUUUAAUUCAAGUUGAUUGAAUUGACGAAACUGUGCAAGUUCACGUUCACGGGUCAUAUAAUAAACUUGUUAUGAUUCAUGCGUUCA